GUCUUAACUUAGCCUCCAAUCAGCGUGCAGUUGUGUCGCUGCGGCCAACAUCGACCCCGGGAGAUUCUUGAGUUUCCCAACAUGAGUAGCUCAGAGGAAGUGUCGUGGAUUUCUUGGUUUUGUGGUCUACGGGGAAACGAGUUCUUCUGUGAGGUAGACGAGGACUAUAUUCAGGACAAGUUUAAUCUUACGGGACUCAAUGAGCAAGUUCCCCAUUACAGACAAGCCCUUGACAUGAUCCUGGAUCUGGAACCUGAUGAGGAGCUGGAGGACAACCCUAACCAGAGUGACCUGAUCGAGCAGGCUGCUGAGAUGCUGUAUGGACUGAUCCAUGCGCGCUAUAUCCUCACUAACCGUGGCAUUGCCCAGAUGCUGGAGAAGUACCAGCAGGGAGAUUUUGGCUAUUGUCCUCGUGUUUACUGUGAGAACCAGCCAAUGCUGCCCAUUGGGCUCUCUGAUAUUCCUGGCGAGGCCAUGGUGAAGCUCUACUGCCCUAAGUGUAUGGAUGUGUACACACCCAAGUCGUCCAGGCACCAUCACACCGAUGGAGCCUAUUUUGGAACUGGUUUCCCCCACAUGCUCUUCAUGGUGCACCCCGAGUACCGGCCAAAGAGGCCUGCCAACCAGUUUGUGCCCAGGCUCUAUGGUUUCAAGAUUCACCCAAUGGCUUACCAGCUACAGCUGCAGGCAGCCUCCAGCUUCAAGAGUCCUGUCAAAGCCAUCCGCUAAGA